AAAAAGAUUUUUUUUGACGAUUAUUUCUGUACAUUAUUUGCUGUUUUCAUUCGACUUCUCAGUUGUAAUUGCACAAGCGCUCCCAGCUCUUUUUUCAUUUUAGUCGAGGCAUCUUAAAGGUGAGCAUAUGGUCACCCCUGGAGCGCAGGUUUCCCAUUCAUAGACUGCACAGUGAGGGCAGCAACAAAAGUAAGUUUACACAUACUGCCCUGACAACGACCUCUGUGCUGAACUAAACAAACCCCUUCUGUAAAGCCAGGAGCAGUUCACUCACCUUUCGAAUGCAAACCUGGCACUCUCCGAGUAACCAUAAAACAUCAAACCGCACAGCCCUGCUCUGGGUUUGAGGAUGUGUGCUGUUAGGGAGCACAGAAAUCUCCGUAGAGAGCCAUCCUUUAGGAUUUUGCUGUCAAAAAGCAUCAGGUAUUCCAAAGCCUCUUUCACAAAACAUUUUGCGUGUUCCGCAUCGACUUUAUUCCAGAACAGGAGUGUCCAUUUUAAAUGGACACUAACAAAAUCUUAAGCGUAGCAGCUUUACAGCCAGUGAGCACAGGGAUGCAUUUAACAUGCUCUGACUAGGCAGUGUUGUCAAGAUAAUUUAAAAAGUUAUUUUUCUUUUUUUCCCCAAGAAAAUAAUCUCAGAACAGGACUUGUCUCCUUCACUGGGGAAACCCCCUGCUGCCUGGGGCACGAAACUUUGUCUCUGAGACACAAUGGGUGGAAAACCGUGUAUGGGCCUUCUUGCCACGGGGGUCUCAGAAAGACCCCAGAGGAACACGGGCAGGGGUCAGGGAUCCGGGCUCAGGGAUCCAGUGCCAGCUUCCCCAUCGGGUUCUGUCGUCCCUGAGCACGGGCAUCUCGGACGGGCGAGGAGCCGGGAAGCCCUGCUUGCGCCCUGCCGCAGCUGCCUGCAUCCCCCAGCGCUGAUGCUGCAACCCCCCCUUCCCCAAAUCCCCCAGCCCUGCCGAGCACCGACCCCUAAGACCUGGGCGGGGGGGGGGGGGGGGGGGGCUGGCUGAAACGCUUCCCUUGUGCGGCUUAACCGUGCUGAACUCAACCCCCCCAAAAUCCUUUACAAAAAUGACAGUGCGAUGGGAUCCCUUACUCCCCGACCCUGCCCGCCGGGGAGGGCGGCAGCCGAGCAGGAAGGUCCGUGUACGCACACACCGAAGUGUUGCAUAUGCGAUAAGGACACCCCCCACACACACCCCCCUCGCCCGGCCGGCGGUUUCGGCGGUCUCCACGCUCGCAGCUCGCCGGGGAGAGGUGUGCGGGCGCGGGGGGGGGCCGCCGGAGGGGGGCGGGCGGGGCGGGCGGGAGCGCCCGGGCCGGCUCCUCCCUGCGCACAAACCCGGCCGCGCCGCGCCGGGCGUGCGGAGAGCCGCCGCCGCUCCCGCGCUACUUAAGCGGGGAGGGCGCAGCCCGGCAGCCCCGCGGGGGGAUCUGGCGGGGGGGGCGGGCGGGCGGGCGGGGGGGAGAGGCAAAUAAUUAACAACGACAACAACAAUCUAUAUCUAUAAGAAAACAAGAAAAGCGGAGCCGAGAUGCUCCGUCCGUAACCCGCAGGCGGGGGCAGGUUGUGAAUCCGCCAAACACCUGAGAAAUAAAGCACGACCGAACAAUUUCGAGGCGGGCGGGGAAGGGGCGGGGGGCGGCGGCGGCGAAAAGUUUGCCGGAGCUCGGGCGUCUCGGGGGGGGCGGGCGCGAUGCCGCCCUGGCUGCUCGGCAGCCUCUGCUGCGUGCUGGCGGCGCGGGCGGCGCUGGGCGGCGGCCCCGCGGGCGCGGAGGCGGCGGCGGCGGCGGAGGAGGAGAAGCUGAUCCGGGUGCUGGUGCUGCUGCCGCAGGACGACGCCUACCUCUUCUCGCUGGGGCGGGUGCGGCCGGCCAUCGAGUACGCGGUGCGGAGCCUGCGGGAGAGCGGCGCCGGCUUGCCGCCCGGCUACGCCUUCCAGCUCACCUACGAGGACUCGGCGUGCGGCAACCGCGCCCUCUUCAGCCUGGUGGACAUGGUGGCCCUGCAGCGCCGCCGCCCCGACCUGCUGCUGGGGCCCGUCUGCGAGUACGCGGCGGCGCCGGUGGCGCGGCUGGCGGCCCACUGGGACGUCCCCAUGCUGUCGGCGGGGGCGCUGGCCGCCGGCUUCGGCGCCAAGGGCGGCGAGUACUCGCACCUCACCCGCGUCGCGCCCGCCUACGCCAAGAUGGGCGAGAUGCUGCUGGCCCUCUUCCGCCACCACCAGUGGAGCCGGGCCACGCUGCUCUACAGCGACAGCAACCCCGAGCGCAGCUGCUACUUCGCCAUGGAGGGCGUCCAUGUGGUCUUCCAGGAGGAGGCCUUCCACAUGGCCGUGCACAGCUUCGACGAGAGCAGCCGGCACCUCGACCUCGACGACGUCGUCCGCGCCCUCCAGACCGGCGAGAGGGUUGUAAUCAUGUGUGCCAGCGGUGACACAAUCAGGAACAUCAUGUUGGCUGCUCAUCGGCAAGGAAUGACCAACGGGGACUACGCUUUCUUCAAUAUUGAACUCUUCAACAGCUCAUCAUAUGGAAACGGCUCUUGGAGAAGAGGAGACAAACAUGACCUUGAAGCCAAGAAGGCAUACUCGUACCUCCAAACUGUCACUCUGCUGAGGACCGUGAAGCCUGAGUUUGAGAAGUUUUCCCUGGAGGUGAAAAGUUCUGUUCAGAAGCAAGGUCUGCAUGAGGAUGACUAUGUGAACAUGUUUGUGGAAGGAUUCCAUGAUGCUAUUCUUCUUUAUGCUCUAGCUUUACAGGAAGUCCUGAAGUUUGGUUUCAGUAAGAAAGAUGGGGAAAAAAUUGUUCAGCAAACACGGAACAGAACAUACGAAGGCAUUGCAGGGCAGGUGUCCAUUGAUGCCAAUGGAGACAGAUACGGGGAUUUCUCUGUGAUUGGAAUGACGGACCCAGAGGCAGGCACACAGGAGGUGAUUGGGGACUACUACGGAAAGCAGGGGCGUUUUGAAAUUCGAUCAAAUGUGAAAUAUCCUUGGAAUCAUGGCAGGCUGCGACUAGAUGAAAGCCGAGUUUCAGAGCACACAAACAAUACACCAUGUAAAUCAUCAGGUGGUCUAGGAGAAUCAGCAGUUACAGGAAUAGUUGUGGGAGCCUUGCUUGGAGCAGGAUUGCUAAUGGCUUUUUACUUUUUCAGAAAGAAAUACAGAAUAACUAUUGAGAGAAGAACUCGACAGGAGGACUGUAACAUGGGGAAACAUCGGCAGUUACGUGAAGACUCCAUUAGAUCUCAUUUUUCUGCUGCAUAAAGAAAAAGAAGAAGAAGAAUCCCUUUCUUCCUAGGGAAAAAAAAAGAAUUAGGGAAAAGUACACGACCAAAGACAUCAGUGUAAAAAGAAGAGGCUCUUGAAGAACUCACUCUUUUAAGCAGUAAUUUUGUCUUAAUUUCUUUCAGAAGCUCAGGAAUGAUUUAGUAAUCACAUAUGCCGCAUGGCCUUUCAUCUCAUGAAGAAAGAAAAUGAUGCAGUUUGAUGUUAUAGGAUGUACUUAAUAUGUAAAGACAGUAUUUCUUAAGGCAUAUAUUAAGGGCAGCAGAUAUGGGUUUAGUUGAUGGGGAAUGCCUCAUUCUGUUCCCUUUUUUUUUUUUUUUUUUUUUUUUAGCUCCUACCACCUCCUUCCUUAAUUACAUCUCACCCAUGGGUAUCAAGUAUGGUUUCACAGGCACAGGUGCUGGUUGCUGUCAAAGGGAAAAAAGGGAUUCAUUUGGGGUAUGAUCCUGCAUCACUGAAUCAUUGCCAUUAAUUACAGGGGAUACAAGAUUGGGCAUAUGGAGUUUAGUUCUGGGAGGGAACAGGCACUUGGGUGUAAUUAACUCCACUGAGAAAGUCAGGCAGGUGGAAACACACACAAACCAUUCUUUCCUUGUUUGUGUAGUAUCACGAUCAAAAGCACUGAUUCUCCCUCUUAGGUGCAGGGAGUUAGGAAAAACUCCAGUGAAAGAUGAGGAGUUUCACUGGUGUGAAAUAGUGAGAGGGAAGACAGUCAGACCUCCUGAGAGGACUGGCUAAUUCCUCAGUCUUAUACGUGUUUUAUCAUGCUCUUUGCUCUCCACUGCCAUGACUUUUCAGAGAGGCAAGUAUAGUCCAUGUAGAGCCUGCUCCUGCUCCCAGUGAAGUCAAUGGCAAAAUCCCAUUAACUUCAGUGAGCACAGGACUGCAUCCAAAAUUGUAAAUACGAAAGUGUUUGUAUAGCUGAGGCAAUUCAAAAGGGGAUCUUUUUUGUGUAAAAAUGACAUUCCAUGCUACCAUUUUAUUUUUAGGAUAUUUUUUAUCUUGUAUUUUUCUAUUAAAGUAUCUAUUUUUGCUUUGGUAGGAUUAAAAAUUAAGGGAGAGGAUGUUUUGAAGACAUAUUUUUUAUGAUAGGAGUAACAUGCAGGGAAAGUCAACAGCUGUAAAUACAUUUUAGGACCAGUAUUUAGGGGAAGAGAAGUGACUUUAUGGACGGUAACAGACUUUUGUCGCACUUUCUUCUCCAGGCAUGUACAACAUUCAAAUAGUUAUUUAAACAAUAGGAAUGCAGUUAUUGAGUUGUCUAUGUGAUGGUGGCCCUGAUCCUGAAAAUAAUGAACUUUUCACGUGUUAAAUAGUCCUACAUUAGUUGGUGAGACUAACUAUUCAUGUGUGUACAGUUAAACAUGCAAGGAACUACCUUCAGGGAUUGGGUUGGUAAAACACUACUCCAGGGCUGACUUUAAUCCUGCUGCCAUCAGUAUCCCUUUUGUCAUUGACUUUACCAGGAGCAAAACUGAAUCUGUGAUGAAUUAGCUACUGACAGGUUAUUUUAUACUAGACAAAGGAGAGCUCUGCACUUUCUAGUCAACAAAUGGAAAUGAACAGUACAUAUUACAGAUGUGGUGAAGAAGACCCGUAAAAAUAUCAUCUGUGGGAAAACUCAGCUAUGACUAUGGUUCUAGUGCGUGAAAUCUUUUAGUUUAUCCUAUCCUGAUUUCAUAAGCAGAACUUUCUGGUCUCAGCAGUCAUAGUCAGACUUGAAAGUUAAUCUCCAAACUGGCACUGAAGCCUAUGUUCUACAAAACUUCUAGGCCCUGAGAAGCCAGAGUGCCAACUGAGAGAAACCAUUUCGGGGUAGCUGGAAGUGAAGGAAGCGUGAAAACUGGCUUUGUCCUCUUUCUGCUGCCUUUUAUUUGUUGAUGGGGAAAUACCCCAUGGAGUACCCUUGGACUUUUUUUUUCUUAUGUUUCACUUGUCUCUUAGCGUAUGCAGGGGUUCAUCACCUGCCCUUGUGAAAUAUUGUCCCAUGUCCCAGGCAGCCAGAGGGCAGGGCUUCCUGCCUGUCAGGGCAGCUCCAUUAAAGGUGGUGGAUGUAGGCCAGGUAGAUUUGGUGUCUUUAGGACUCGCUGUAACAGCUGUUGGUCACACGGUAGAUUUACAUCAUCCCAUUUCCCAGUCUGGGCCUGUAUGACUUCUGCAAAGGUGCCUUAGCCAAAGUAACACUGUUGUCAACGGACAGUUUUCUGAAGUAACCUCCUUAUCUCAUGGGCACCAGAGAAGAAUGUAGGCUAGAGCAGCAUUCAUACUGCUGUGGAGCUGGGGAGAAAAAAAGACUUCCUGAUUAAUUUUUGGAAUUUUUUUCAAGCAGUUGAGUUUGUCUAGUCCCUGGGCAUGCUUAAGCUUUGAGUUUUUUAAAACAAUUUCCAAGGGAGUUUUGAUCUACUUCUUGUUUUGCAAAUAUACCUUUCAGCAUUUUUACUUUCUUUUACCCAUUUGACUACUUUGCUACAGAAAGAAGGAAGAAAAAUUUUUAAAUAUGUAGGAAAAGAGGGUAUGAUUUGAAGCAUAAAUUUUUUUUUAAAUUAUGUUUGUUAUGACUUGCCUUGCAGUGUGAACUAGUACUCAAACAGUCACUGGUUAGGGAGCAAGACAGUAGUGUAGAUUGACAUUUUUCCUGUGCCACGCACAGUCAGGUCAGACCAGAAUAUCUGAGCCAGGAGAUGUGGCUGGGACAAUAAAUUGUUAGACAGCUUUUUUAUUGCGUCAUCUUACUAUAACUAAACUUAUUAAAAAAAACCCCCUAUAGCGAAAGGUCACUUUUUAAUUAAAAAGAUAAUAAUUCUGAUCUCCAGUUUUAUGUAGGGUUUUUAAUCAUGACCUCAAUAAGUGUUUUUAUGAGAUGUCUGUUGGUGGGAUGCUGAUCGAGGCCUAGCCACAAUUUUACAUUCCAGCAGCUCCCAAGGAAGGUGAACCUUUCUUGCAUAUUAGAACAUUUUAGGUCAAUGGGGUUUAAUCUUUCUAAAUUGGUACACACCUACCUGUGUGUUUUUCCCAUGGAAUUGUGGAGAUCAUUUAAGACAUUUCACAUAAGUAGAUUACUGUAUAGCAUAAAAAACCUUGCUCUUCUUAGCUGCCUUUCACAGGCCUCUUGCUAAUAGUUCCCAGGUCUUCUAUGGACAAUAGAUCAAAAAAUGCCUUGAGUUUAGAUUAUUCAGCAGAGAGAUUCUUUACCAGCUAAUGCACUUUUCCUUUCUGGUUCAUCUGCAUUAACUCAAUGCCACAAUGUUUAGGCUUCAAACUCCGUAAGGGAAUGUCUAAUCAAAAUAAUAAUAAUUGAUUCUCAAAAGAGUUUUGAAAACCUACAUUUUUGGCUUCAACAAAUUGCCCAUAUUACAAACAUACGUCUGUAUUACAGAGCAGCACAAGGAGGGCCUUGAGUCAGCUCAGUACUUUAGAAUACACUUAAAAUAUGCUCAACUUCAGCUUCUAAGUACUUUGCGCACUUGGGACCAAAGGGCAUGAUGCUGGCCAUGGCUGAACCAAAGGGAAUCUUGCCAUGUGCUUGAAUCGGAGAAAGGUUGGCCCCAUAGGCUGUAUGUUUAUUGCUAAAUCUUACAGUUGUGCCUGUUAAAUUGAAAUUGAACUAGUGGCUUCAUACUUUUUGUUUGUCAAAGUUUGACAAAUUCUGCUAAUUUAGCAUUUUUUAAAAUUACCAGAUAUUGGUCAGCUUAAUAGCUGAUUCAAACAAGAAUCUCUUCUUGAGGAUUCUGUGGACAAAUUACCUGACUUCCACCCUCCUAUCUUCAACAUGUAGACUAACGUUGCAAGUUGACAAGGACGAAGCAAAACUUUCAAUAGUACCUGUGAUUUAGUAUGCUGAGACCCACAACUUUAGAACCAGAUGCCUAGAUCCUUUGUCCUGGGCCAUUGGUAGUUCUGGAAGUUUUGUUUAUGGACAGUUGUGUGUGUCCUGAGUUGUUUGUGACUACCACCAUCACCAGUUAAUUACCAGUUCCUUCUGUGAUGUGCUUCACUGAAGACCAAACACAGCUAAGUUCUGAGAACAUUCAGUCAUUGCUAAAACUUUUGAUUGAGAGUGCUGUGCACCUUCAAGAUUGUGGUCAGAAUUCAGCUUAUUAAAGAGUUAUAUUCAUUGACUUCUGGAAAUAAAUUUUAUUGAUUUAUUUACAUUUGUU